AUGCUUCAGCUAGAGAAGUUUUCAGCAUGGGUCACCAUAGACGGGAAGGAAACCCCAGAGCACAAUGUGGAAAUCUCCGACGACGGUACAGAGGCUACAUGCUGGAUUGCUUCGCAGGUUAACAAGCCCUUUGAGGUUCAUUGGCGCGCUGAACCCAACCACACCGCGACGGCGGGGGAUGUCAGAGUGGAUGGAAAGAAUACGUCUGGGCAGGUCGUUCACCCAUCUAUGUAUAUGUCGCAAGACGCUUCUGUCAAGGGCGUGCCGAUAUCGCUCACGCAAAUCAGACCUUUGAUGUUCUCAGCCACAGAACUGACGGACGAUGACUCAUAUCUCAACGUUGGCGUAUCCCCCGAACUUGGCUCGAUUGUUCUCGAGAUAAACAACGUAGAUGUCACAGACGCCCCACCUAGACACGAACUGCGUGAUACGCAGUUUGAAAGCAAGGUUCAUGAACGCUCGAAGAAGCUAGGAGCACACUCUGCCCGGCUCGGAGAACCCGAAUAUAAAGUCUCAAAAUAUGUCUCAAUCAGAAGAUAUGGACGCGUCGCGUUGUUCACUUUUCGAUACAGGCCUUUGGAUAUCUUGCAAGCCCAGAGCAUUGUCCCACCUCCCAAUUCCUCGAAGCGCAAGGCUGACCAUACUCCCGACGAAGAAGAAACCGAUGCGCCAGUUGAUAAGAAGCCAACAAUUCCGGAGGUCAUAGAACUUGACGACGACGGUAAUGAGGACAUUGAGUCUGAGCUCAAAGCACUACAGGCUCGAAUGGAAUUACUAAAGGCUAAACAAGUCAAGAAGGAGAGAUCAGAACCAUCUGCGAAGCGUGUCAAACGCGAGCACAAACCAGUCCUCAUACAGGGCGAAAUUAUUGAUCUAACCUGA